AUGAAAAAUGCUCAACCACCCGACGGCUUUGGAAUCAAAACCAUGGAUGCAUCGACAAAUCAUGGAGCCACUACGGAAUCUCCAGUCCAAAUCCCCCGGAAAGCUUUGCCCGCAGAAGAACACCCUGAAGGCUCUGAGCGAGCCAUCGAGACUCCUGCCACAACUUCCCCGUCACCCAAGUCCUCUGAACAGAUGGAUUAUUCGGAAAUUCCACCACUGCACGCUUAUUUCACUUCACCUUCUUCCCGUAACGCCCAAGUGAAUUCGCCGGCUAUGGAACAAGCAAGGGUGCUUGAACAGCCCGCGACAAUGACGGGUCUCACGUUCCCGAACGUUUCUGAAAACACGGAGGCACUAUCUGUUAAAGCAGAAGAGGUAGCAUCAACCCAACCUCCAGCGCAGGCAAAUGAAUCUUCCUCUCUUGCAGCGAAACCAGUACAAUCGGAGCAACCCCCAACAGGGACUACUACGCCAUUGCCACUUACCUCUGAGCCAACAUAUCCUCUGACAGACAAACCAGUAACAGAACGGGUUACCCGGUCUGCAACCCGAGCGGCUGAAGCUGCCUUAUCUGUGGCAGAAGCAUCGGCAGAAGCGUCGACAGUAGCCGAACAAGCUACAGCCGAGAAAAAUGCUUCAAAACCUAAAGAGGAUGUCAACGCAGACGAUGAAGAAAAGGAAAUACGAGCGCAUGAGAGAAGAAAAAAGAACUCUCAGCCUAGCGUCAAGCAACGCAAAGCGGCUAUAGCGCCCAAACAGUUAACGGGGAAGAAGACGGAGGGGACGAAAAAGAAAAAUGAGAAGUAUCAAGUCAAAAAAAAGAUGGGAAAGAGAAAAUCUCCUUCAAAGCCCAAGGCCGAUGCCAAGGACACCCCCAAGAAAGCGAAAAAGCUCGUCAACAAGACUCCCAAUCCUCAGGAGCUUCCGCACAACCAGGGCCCAGCACCGACCGCAAAAUCUUCAGUGCCAGAAGUUACAGAUUUGACGGCUGGAUCAGACAAGGAAAACGAAAAGGCUGAGGAUGAAAAGGUCGAGGACGAAAAUGCCACCACACAGUCCGGUAUUCCAGAUGGCGAAGCAGGGAGCAUAUCUGCCGAGAAGUUAAAGCCAAAGAGGGAGAAAAAGGCUCCCUAUCUGAAUAUGAAGCUUGGAAAAACACCCUUCCCGGAUUGGAAAUUCCCCACACCAGAUCAAUGCAAGGAGGUCAAUGAUAUUCUCACCUUCCAUGAUUGUGAGAAGAGCCGACCCGAGGAGAUCCCGAAAGCCUCACGCGAUUUUGCAGGCUGCGGCGAAGUCCCAUUUGUCCUUGAUGCACUGAUCCGCACUCUCCUCAGUGGAGCCACGACGGGCUCAAAUGCCGCUGUUGCUUACGUUGGCCUUGUAAAAAAGUUCGGCACUCGAGAGCAUGGACUCGGAAAGGGGAGUGUGGACUGGGAGGCUGUUCAGAAAGCCGAGUUGAGAGAGAUUUUCAUUGCCAUUAAGGGUGGUGGUUUAGCUGAUAUCAAGAGCAAGAACAUUAAAGGUCUUCUCGACUGGGUCCAAGACGAGAACACGAUUCGUCGCGAUACCCUGCGUGCGGAAGUCACCGAGAUCGAGGCCCAGGGGGUACAAGAUGGAGAUCUUCAGCUGAAAAAGAAUGAACUCGCUUGCUUGGAUGACAAUAUCCUUUCUCUGGAGCAUCUCCAUGCCCUCAGCACUCAAGAUGCCAUGUCGGAAAUGAUCAAGUAUCCCGGCAUUGGCCCCAAGACCGCAGCAUGCGUUCUCCUUUUCUGUAUGCAACGUCCAUGCUUCGCUGUCGAUACACACAUUUUCCGACUCGCCGGCUGGCUUGGUUGGAUCCCCAUUGACCGUGCAACCGAGGUAUCUGGAUUCCUGCACUUGGACACGAGAAUUCCAGACGAGUACAAAUAUUCAUUGCACUGGCUGCUCAUUCGUCAUGGAAAGAUGUGUCCUCGAUGCCGAGCCGCGACAGGCGAAAAGAGCGCGAACUGGGACCAAGGAUGUCCCCUAGAAGAUCUUCUUACACGUACUGGAAAGCGCAAGGGUGGCUCUGAACUGGUUUCACGCCGCAAGAAAAGGACAAAGACUUCUAAAGGCAAACGGAUUACCCGGAGCCAGAAGUCUGCGGGUACUACGAAGGGCACGAAGAGUCCUCGCGCGAACGACAAGGCAAAAAUCAAGAAGACGCCUAAGGGGGAAACAGCCGUAGAGACUUCGGAGAGGAAAACCACGGGUAGGACCACGCUACCUGAGGUUACCGUGGAACAAGCCGAGGCUGACAUGGAAGUGGUCGAUCAAUAUGUCCCAAUGGUAGAUCAGAACGAUACUCCGGACAAAACUCAGGUGUCUACCAAGAAGCAGGAGAACCAGACCCUGAAACGGUUCGAAAAAAGGCUGGCCAGUAUACAUGGCAAUGAAUCGAGCAGAGGACGCAGGCGCUCAGCGCGAAUUGCUGCAACCGUCUGA